AGAAGAUAUUCUUGACCUCGACAUAUUGCUGGGAAAUAAAAACCAAUCCCGAAGGUUUUUCCAACAAAAAUAUCUUGGCCUCAUAGGGGAUUACUUUUCAAUAAAUUCUUUCUACACGUUAAUUUCUGAAAUGUAAUGUUAAGCAUUUUGGCCUCAGGGGGUAUUCUUGAACAAAAUCUUUGUACGCGUGAAUUUCUGAAAUACAAUGUUGAACUAUCUUUAAUCAUUGUAAGUGAAGAGGGAUAAUAAAGUGUUAUUAAUAUCAGUAAUUUCAUUUCCAGAAAAAACUUCCCAUCCUUCGAUACAUCGACAUGUGUCACUUGAAAAAAGAACGAUAAAAACCACCACUAAUGUAUUAAGGAAGAAUUGUUCAUGUCGAUAGUUUGAUAAUAUAUUACUGCACAUUAUUAAAUUGACUGAAAAUGAUUUCAGAACCACCAUUAGCUAAUCAAAAUUUCCUAAUUGAUGAUAGAUUCAGACCUGAAAAAAUGAUUGCUAUCUAUCCUACCAUCACUUGCUUUUAUUAUCAUGAGCUUAGAUAAUACUGUAAUCUACGAAAUAUACUAGCGUGUAACAUACAAAACCUUUGAUGCUUGUAAAGUGCAAAAAAUAUAUUGGUAUCGCACUUUUCAUGAUAACCCCUUUUCAAUAAAAUGAUAUUGAAAAUAAGUUUCUAGAGGUGAAACCAUUGAAGUGACUUGCAGUAUGAUAUAUUUCCUGCAAUAUAAAUCGUGAUAUGUUUAAGUUGUGUAGGUUUUUUGUAGAUAAAAAGAGAACGUCUCCAUAUGAGUGGAAUAUUCUCGUGAAAGACGUUAAACAAUAUAAAAUUAAUCAAUCAAUAACAAGAGAGCACUUAUGUGGUGUAGUGUGUUGUUUACAGUCGUGCGCUAUUUCACAGCCAAACAACGUCCUAUACCUUAACAGUAUCCACAGCGGCGGGAUUAGCUAUUCUGUUUGAUGAUUUCGACGAAUAUAAUCUUGAAGAGAAAAUAUAUUGAAAAACGCCAGUGUGUUUGAUUCAUAGAAUUGGAACCGUCCAUCUCUACUCGGUGGCAGUUGACAGAAUGUUUACGAGACAGGAAGUGCAUUCAUUGAAUGGAAGUAAAGAUGAUGUUGAAAGAUUGAAUUCAUCACAAACUACAAUACGUUCAGUGAAAAAUACUGUCGAAAUAAUCGAACAUGUACUUACCACGAGUCCAGAAAGUAUUCAAAAUGAUGAGAUGUGUAAUUGUUAUAAUCUGUUCCUUGCCCUGCUUAUAUUGGGGGUCAUUGUGUUGUGCCUACUAACAACAGUCUUAGUUUUGAUUUACGAACUAAGAAUUAAUCAUAAAACAUAUUUCUGUGUUAAAAAUUCUACCGACAUCCUGCAGAAAAAUGUGCCGAAACGAAACAAUGUGUCGAAACGAAAUAAUGUAUCGAAACGAAACAAUGUGUCGAAAAGUACGAGGUCCAGAAACAAGAAAAGGCACUUUGGAAGAGCUGAUCGUCCAGUUUCCUUCGACUCACAGAUGGCCGAUCAUGAGGAAAACGAUUUAUCCGAGGAUUCCGACGGAUAUGUCAGACCGGAGAACCAAGACGAAAAGUACGAGUAUGCAGAGGUUUUGUCUGAUCUUGACGAUACUGUAAAUGAACGAAAUGCUUCUGAAAAUCCCGUUCUGGAGUGUUCACGUUCUCAGUACUACAAUUCAAAGUGCGUUGAGGAACACAUCGAAGAUCAAACCCCAAUAUAUCUUAAUGUGAAUUGUGGAGAAUAUAAUGCAUAACAUAUACCCAUUAUUGAAACGAAUUUCGAAAUAUGCACGAUUCAAGAUGUAUACUUGAUGAUUUUUAAGCACAUUUAUGAAGAAACAUUCCAUUCUACCAAUGAUACAUCGUCGGAAACCCACGGUUGAUUACGUUGGAGAGAGGAACGAAGCGUAAUCAACCGUACGUUUCCGACGAUGUCAAUGAUAUGGUAUAUAUUCCAAAUGACACGACGCACGCGUAUCUCCUAGAGAUCGAAGGUCAGGGGCAUAUGGUCUUGACUUGAUUUCUAGAGACAACCAAUGAAAUAUACAGAAACUAUAUUGGAAACAUGGACUUAUUUUACAUCAUUACGCUCCCCUCUCAAUCUCUCAAGUAGCAUUGAAAUACACACGUGUACGUCAGAGUACAUUAUCUGAUGCAAACAUUUCAUUCGAUACGUUCGCAAUAAAAUUGAUAUUUUUGAUUAUUUUAAAAACAUUAUGGAUUGAACAGGCAUGAUCAUUUGAAAAUGUGACGUCACAAUUUCAUUGAUGACGAGAGACAGUUUUUCCCGUAUGAUGAGUUCAUUUGUUUUUGAUUGGGUUUUUUUCUGUUUUUGUUUUUUGGUUUGGUGUCGUAGUUACAAUUUUGUCUAUAUGUCACCUUGACUGCCUACAACAGCAAGGUCUAUCAUACAUGUAACAUUAGAAUUAUACCAGAUGAAGACUUUCUUAAAGGUCUAGGUCAAAGCUAUGACAUAUAAAGGUCAAAUUCAUUGAUUAAGGUCAAAUGUACCACAAUAGAACAUGGCCAAACUCGGUAUGUCUACUACAAACAGUAUGGAUUUUCUAUAUUAUGGUUCUAAUGAUAGAUUAAUUGUUAAAAAAAAUAUGUCCAGUUAAGAAUAUUAUUUCUGCUUGUACAUAAAGAAACAUACCUAAUUUUGUAUAUCAAGUAUAAUUAUACUUUUAAACGACAUCGGAUAAUACAUGUGUUAAUAUAGGUUACUUCACACCAGUGACAGCAUAUCCAGAUUUUUUUUUUUAUAAAGGGUAUUGCGAAUCUAAAUAAUACCCUUUCUGUCCCUAAAGGAGGAAUGUAAACCCAUAGUGACACAAAAUGAUUAUUUUUAUCGCAAACAAAUUUUCAAGCAAAGGGGGUUGGUUAGGAACCCUGUUGAAACCCUGUAUAUCUGCCAUUGCUUUGCGCAAGGCAAGCAUAUGAAAAAUAAAAUGAAGAGAGCACAAAAUAAAAUAACCAGUGAUAUUUGAAAAUGCUAUGACCAAGAAACAGUUUGUUCCCCUUAUCAAUGAAAUCAACAUGUAGAUGAACACCAAUUGACACUAUCCUAAUUUUAAAACAUGCAUCAGAUUUUAUAUCAUUAAUUAAGUAAUUGAUAUACUGUGCAGGAUAUUUUGCUACGGUUAAUUUCCCUUAGAGGACCGACCCCACCCCAUUUUCCCACAGCAAAUACUUAUUCAUGCCAAAAUACGACGACAAGCAGAAUCAAGCAACAUUGCAUAAUAAUUCAAUGAUGAAUACUGUUUUUAUGCAACAGUAUCUGCAUGAUCCUUUCCUCCACAAUUUUCUACCGAAGGAGAGAGUGGGCGAAUGGAAUUAUGGGUAUGGGACAAGACUAAUUAAUGCAAAGUGAACAGAAAUAACCAUAUUGAUAUCCGGAAUGGAGUGAAAUACACUCAUAUGCGGAAGAAAAUCAUCCAUAUUGCUAGAUAUUUUGAUUGUUUUUGAAAAUUUAUGUACUGAAAACCACCACAUGGAAUUCAAUACAACAAUAUUUACAUUGUUAACAAGUAAAUUUGUAAAAGUUAGAAGUACAACCCAACAUGUCACCUUCGUGUCGAAGUGGGGCAGAAAGAGAAAUGAACGUUAUUGUAGUUUUGAAAUUGUAAAUUGAAGACGACUUUCAUUAUAUUUCAGAAUGUAAAGCAUAGUGAAGAUUUUUUUAACCUGGUCCAAACAUUACGAAAUUUUGUGAAAUUAUGCAUAGAUCUUGUAGUGAUUCGAUUUUUAUUAAUAAGCUAUGAAUGUUUCUUUUCCAAAUAUGUUCUCCACAUGUACUAUCUGUUUCACCCAUAUCAACGUCAUUGUAUAUAUGUACGUAUGUUUUCAUGUACCAUGACAUGGUUUACUGAGUGAAUAAACUGACCUGACUUUCCUAAUUAUAUACAUGUAUAUACGUAACAAUGUGUACAUCAUUUCCCCGUAUGCAGUUUCAGGGGGCUUUGUCCCUCGGGCCACCAUCAAGGUUUCCACCACUGGAGGCCUCAAGACAAUCUUCAGACACUCAGGCGUUUACUACCCCCUCCCACCCUGUUCAGAAACUUCUGGAUCCGCCUCUGUGUGAGUCUCACCUGCAGGUGGUCAGGUUAUCACCUUUGGGGAAAAUCCGGUGUAAAAACUAAAAUCCUACAGACGCCUAUUCAGGUUGUGAGGUCUGUAAAUGAUGACCUGUAUCAGCAACUUUGGUUUACUUGAGAAGUUAUAAUUGGGUGGAAGCAAUGACACAGUGACUUUAAUCUUAGUAAAAUUAUCUAGGAAUUCAGAUCGGAAACCUUGACUUUGGAAGAUUUCACUUUGUUAUUGUGUGAAUGGAUCCAGGGUUUGGUUCUAAGUUAAGGUGUACAAGAAAUGGUAUCAGGAGAACUCGUAUCCAGGAGAACCCGUAUCCAGGAGAACUCUUACCCAGAUUUUUAUGACAAAAAUGACAAUUUUUUUCUGUAGGAGAACUCGUACCCAGAUUUAUCCGAUAAAAUGACUAUGUUUUUUCUCCGGGAGAACUCGUACUCAGAUUUUUAUAAUACAAUUGACAAGUUUUUUCUUUGGGAGAACCCGUACCUACAUUUCUAUCUGAUAAAAUGACAAAGUUUUUCUCCAGGAGAACUCGUACCCAAAUUUCUGGGUAGGAGUUCUCCUGGGUACGGGUUCUCCUGGGUACGAGUUCUCCAGAAGUCCAAGAAAUGACAUUGGAAGGUAAAAUAAAAAAUCAACACGACAGCAUCCAAACUGAAAUAUCCAUUAUCCUACUCCCUGUUUAAUGAGACGGCUGUAUGCAUAACAUUCAAGGAAGCAACAUUUUGAGAAAAUCAUUGAACUUUAACGAAUCGUGUACAAUCUACAUAAUGAAAUUUCACGACAUGGAUUUCCUUGUUAUUUACAGUUUUCUUUUGUGUUUGAUUUUUUCUGUUAUACAGGCCACAGGAAAGUGUAACACGGGACAAAUUGGUGAAGACAAAAAGUUUCCUUGCUGUACAAACUAUUUUCCUGUUGAAGGAGUAUGCAAAGCGUGUCCGCCUGGAUUAUUUGGAAAUAACUGUUCCGUUCCUUGUCCACAUCCUUCUUAUGGUAUUCGGUGCAUGGGCGUGUGUAAGUGUGAUAGAUCACUGUGUGACGUCAUCACUGGAUGUCCGGACAAUAACAUAGACAACACAACAGGGAAAGCGUGUCCGCCUGGAUUAUUUGGAGGUAACUGUUCCUUUCCCUGUCGAUAUCCUUAUUUUGGUAUUCUGUGUAUGGACGAGUGUAAGUGUGAUAGAUCACUGUGUGACGUCAUCACUGGGUGUCCGGAAAAACCCACAACAGUGAAAGGCACGAGUCACAAGUUUUCUCGCACAACACACCAGCAUGUGGAUGGAAGUCAAAUCGAGAAAAUGGGAAACAUAAAGAAAAAGGUUUUUGUUCUUCGGGGAAUUGGACAUGCUGUAGAUGGAGGUGGCAAAUUGUUGAAGUACUACAUGGAUCAUUGAGAAAGUGUUUGAUAUAUUGGAUAUGUGACGGUUAUGUGUUAAUCAGUCUGAGCGCUUCUCCUCCUAUCCUAUACAAUGCGUUGUUUUAUGUGUUAAUCAGUCUGAGCGCUUCUCCUCCUAUCCUAUACAAUGCGUUGUUUUAUGUGUUAAUCAGUCUGAGCGCUUCUCCUCCUAUCCUAUACAAUGCGUUGUUUUAUGUGUUAAUCAGUCUGAGCACUUCUCCUCCUAUCCUAUACAAUGCGUUGUUUUAUGUGUUAAUCAGUUUGAGCGCUUCUCCUCCUAUCCUAUACAAUGCGUUGUUUUAUGUGUUAAUCAGUCUGAGCGCUUCUCCUCCUAUCCUAUACAAUGCGUUGUUUUAUGUGUUAAUCAGUCUGAGCGCUUCUCCUCCUAUCCUAUACAAUGCGUUUUUUUAUGUGUUAAUCAGUCUGAGCGCUUCUCCUCCUAUCCUAUACAAUGCGUUGUUUUAUGUGGUAAAUUGAGUGUUCAAAACGAAUGAACAUUCAUCUCUUCUUGUUUUGGCUUUGUUCUAAUGGAAACAAAAAUCAAUGCUUUCAUUUUCGUCAGUGAGGUAAUAAAGCGAGUACGCCGCUGAUUCACCAAAAAUAUUGCCCUCGUAUAAUCCAAUCUCCUCAAACCUAAUGUUACAUGUAGUGUCCAAUGUUACAUGUAGUGUUCAAUGUUACAUGUAGUGU